AUGAGGUAAAGGGGUGGGGAGCGGGCAGAGAGAUUGAACCACCAGGACUUUCACUUUCAGUGAGCAAACAGCCUCCACACGGUUUGCUCCUGCAGCCUAAGAGAUCAAACGCGCUGCUUGCCAAUUGGAAAUAAAAGCCUCAAAACAAAGGGAUUUAUAAAGGAAGAAGGAAAGUAAACAGAGGAAAAGAAACAGGAAACUAUUAUAUCACAGGAAAUAGAGGAAUAUUUUUGCUAUCCAUCAGAAUCUUUGCUCCCAAAGAGAGACUGGGAAUUUCCAAGUGGGAUUGAGCCAGAGAGGGACAGAACGGAGAGCAGCUGUCAAUGAGGGAUCGAGGAGAAAGUGCAGCAGUAAGAGGAAGAGGAGACGUUGGUUAGUAGUCACUAAAAGAGGCAGCCGGGGAACCCACUGAGACUGAGAUUCCUACACAACUUUUCUGCAACAAUCUGUCGUGCACAAGGACUUGGUUAAGAAGAACAUGGGGAAUAUGGGCCACAUUGGCCGGUAGAAGCAUGUCACCAACAGUGCUGUUACUUCUAUCAAUAUUGACUGUUCAAGGAAGUGGGUGUGAUGAUUUUAUGAAGACGACGAUCAGAAAUCUGCAGGACACUAUAAACACUGAAAGAACGAACGGAUUCCCACAAGUGUUUCCGAAGAACUACGUCGUGUCACACUAUUUCAACGACAGCGCGCUGUGCAAUGAGCCGUGCUGUGUGUUCAGUGCUGCUGUGUUCCUGUCUAAUUCUUGGAGUCAGCUCCUCCAGCACCUCAGUAGAGUUCACCUCAAAUACAAGUUCGUCAGUGAGCUGAUUUACGAGCUGGACAACAUAGCAAAAGUGAAAUUCCCAGAACAGCCAGAUCUUUAUGACUUCCCAUCCGUUCAGUCAUCGCCUGAAGGACUUCUCUCCUUCACUUCAUCCUUCUUCACACAAUGGCUCAAUUUGAAUUGUGCUUUUGGAGAGCAUCACUGCAUUUUCCCCACACCAAAUGAAGAGGAUCAAGAAAAUCCAAAGGAGGAAGAGAAUGUGGAGAAUCGUGAACCGGUGAACGACCAACUGCCUGUUAUAGAAGGAGAGAUAAAGACAGAAAAACAGCUUGACCCUGGUCCGACCAACAGCUAUCCUAAGACAUGUUGCACUGGUUUCACUCACUGGAGCUUAUCUUUUCUAUGGAUAACAUCAAGUCUGAUCUGGUGAAAGUCAAGGAAUCUGUUUUAAAUAUGCCACAAAACUUGGUCAAAAGAAGGCUCCGCUUGGAAGAACCUCUGUACUGUGUUGCCUUGACUUUAAGUCAGUUUGGAUGCUAAUUUUGAUCAGUUUGGAUGCUAAUUUUGUUUUACACUGAUAAAAAAAGCUUGGCAUUUGAUUGAGGUUUCAAAGAAGUUGCUCUCUGGAUAAAGUGUCUCAUGAUUUCUGGAUGCAGUUAUGGAUCAGCUUCUGUUGGAGAAAAGGGAUGUUUUGGAAACACACACAUGGCUAAUAUGAUGUUCUCUUUUAUGUAUGAUGUUUUUUCUGCACCAUGUCUUUGCACUGAUUGUUUCUAUCACUUAUCCAGUGUUUCUAUCAUCUUAUACAGUGAAUUAUGUGUCAUCUAUGAUAAUUCAGGUAAAACCUGUUGACUGAAUGUUUUAACAUUGAAUGUAGUGAAAAAGUAAAGAAUACAUGAAGCCAAAAGUCUCUGCUUAUCGCCCAGUGUUCAAGAGGAAACAACAACAACACUCAUGUACUACAGUUAAUUCAAGCCAUUUUAAACACAACUUUAGAAUAGGAACCACAGCGCCUGCUACUUUCUGAACAAGAAAAGUCAUUUGCAAAAGGGUUACACAAGUCAUGUUUACAAGUUUUGUUGUUUUGUCUUAGAGAAGGUUACUACUACAAGCAAUGUUUUAUUCGAAUGAAUUUAACAAUCUGUCUGUUUUUGGUGUACAUGUGUUGUCAGUUUUUACAUGUAGAUUUUUAUAUAUAAAUAAAAUCUUAAAAUUAC